AUGUCUCCCCUUGGGCUUUCCCCUCGUCUGCGCCUCCUUGGCCAACGACAUCUCUGCGCCCGGGUGCCGUACUUCAAAGGCACCCACAACAUGCAUCAAAAUGUCUUCAGGAUAUUACCGUCGAGAAUCUCCAGACAAUCGUUUUGCUGUAGCAAAUCAAAGAAAGAGCAGUCGCCACCUGUGCUAUCGCGAGACUUCUGGGCUUCUUCGACAGCAUGGCGCCGCGCUGGCGUGAACACGUUUCGAUGCCUCGUCGGCUGCACGCUAGGUGAUUUCUCCGCAAUGUGGUACCUUCAGGCAUUUCAUCCGGAAAUGGGCAUGGAGAGCGUGAUGGCCAUCUCGAUGGCAAGCGGAUUGUCAACAUCGCUCCUCCUGGAGACGGUUCUGUUGAAAUUCGGUAAGGAUCGAUUGUCCUGGCCGACUGCGGCAAAGACCGCGGCGGGAAUGAGCAUGAUAUCGAUGAUCACGAUGGAGCUGGCGGAGAACGCGGUAGAUUACCACCUCACCGGCGGCGUGGUGCAGUUGGAUGAUCCCGCCUUCUGGGGCGCCGCCAUCGUCUCUGUGGCUGCCGGUUUCCUUGCGCCUCUCCCAUACAACUACCACAGGCUCAGGAAGUUUGGCAAGGCGUGCCACUGA